ACUUCCGCCGGAGGAUACAUAUAAAACCGCACGCGCUUCAAUACCCGCACGCAGAGUGGUGUUGUUUGUCCGAUUGCAAAAAUGCGGCUAUUCUCAGGUGUCUUGUUGCCGCUGCUGCUGCUGCUCCUUACCUGCCAGCUCGCUACGCCGACACCGAUUUUCGACAGAGAUGGAACAGGUCGGUCAGCUGGAUUCGGAGAAACAGUACGAGAUUGGUUUAAAAUGCUCAAGGAUCGAAUCGUGGGAAAAUGGCAAGAAUGGUUCGGCGGAGAUGGUCCAUCCCCGAGCUUAUCACCGCAGGAUAUUUUGAACAUCGAUAAGAACAUACAGAGUCGAGUAUCGGGUUAUCCAGGCUUCUUCUUAGAUUUGUCUAGGCUAUCAUUCGAUCCAAAACGAGAUUGGGGCGUCCGGGUUGGUAACUGGUACAUCAUCCGGAAAGUUACAGACAGUUACGGGGACAGUGAUUCGGACGAGUGGGACCUGAAGCCAUUGUUCCCGGGUCUGCCCACACCUUCUUGGGUCGAUUGGACGCCUGACUUUCGCAGAUUACCAACCGAAAUUCCGGGAACUACGCAAUCUCCAACGACCACUCCGAGACAGACGACUGUUACUCCAACGCAAUCAGUCUUAACUUCUACCGAAUCAACUGUACCUACUACCGAGGUGACUUCUACCGAAUCGAGUCCACUUACUACCCAAUUAAUUACAACUUCCACAGAGCCGAUUGUAACGUCAACUGAAGAAAUUCUGACUCCUAGUGAAUCUGUUGUAGUGAACAGUGAACCAGCCGCAGCACCUACUGAAUCUAUGUUAACAUCUACCGAGGCAAUUACCGAACCAACUACUGUUCCGUCAAUUGAGUCUACUAUCCAUUCCAUCGAACCGAUACCGUCUGUUGACAAUGAGCCGAUUUCUGUUGAGUCGAUUGAAACAUCUGAGUCUAUCGAAUCUACUGAAGUCAUGACGCCCACUGACGAAUUAACGACUAUUACGACUACUACCGAAUCACCUGUAACGUCCACCGAAAUUUUACCCUUCAAUAAGCGAGUAGAAGAGAAUGAGACCGUCGAUAAACGAACCACAAAGAAACCUCGUCCAGCAUCUGCCGAAGUCAUAACGUUUUAAAAACAGAUUGCAUAUUAUUAGAAAAUAAAAAAUUCAGAUAUA